UCAGACUGACAGAUAUUUAACGAGCGAGCGAGAGAGAGAGAGGGAUUUUCAUUCACUUCACUGUCUUGAAGAACCCACACGCCUGCACCCCAAGCACACUAUCUAAUGAUUCCAAUCUGCUGAGAGAGAAGAAGCCACGGUCCUCCAGGAGCCUCCAUCAGGACCAGUCUGUCUCUCAAUCAGCGCAACCCUUGACAUGGACAACACAACAGAAUUUGCCCUGACCCCUGUCAAUCACAACCUCACCAACAGCAGCUGUUCCCGUGACAACGUGCUGAAGACGGUGGUGUUCCCUGUUCUGUACUCCAUCCUCUUCCUGUUGGGCCUGUCCCUCAACGGCCUGGCAGUGUGGGUGUUCUUCAGCAUCCCCAGCCGCUCCCACUUCAUCAUCUAUCUUAAGAACAUUGUAGUGGCCGACGUCCUCAUGACCCUCACCUUCCCCUUCAAGGUGCUGUCUGACUCCAACAUGGCGUCCGUGGGUAUGCGUGUCUUCGUCUGUCGUGUCUCCUCGGUGCUCUUCUAUCUCACCAUGUACAUCAGCAUCCUCUUCUUCGGCCUCAUCAGCAUCGAUCGCUGCAGGAAGACCCUCCAGCCCUUCAAGGGGACCAACGCGGCCCGUCUGGCCCACAGGAAGCUGCUCUCUGGGGCUGUCUGGGGCUCCCUGCUGGCCCUCUCCCUGCCCAACAUGGCCCUGACCAGCCGCAGCCCCACCUCGGCCAACUUCAAGUGCGGUGAUCUUAAGACGGCGGCUGGGCUCCGCUGGCAUGAGGUUGUCAACCAUGUGUGUCAGGUCAUCUUCUGGGGCAACCUGGUGACGGUGACGGUAUGUUACGCCCUCAUCACCAGAGAGCUGUAUAGUUCAUACGCCCGCAGCAAGGCUUGCCGUGCUGGUGGAGCCAAACGCAGAGCUGGUACUGACGGGGGUACUGUUAAAGGGCAGCGCCAGCCCCGGAGGAAGAGUGUGAGUUCAAAUGUCUUCCUGGUGCUGGCUGUGUUCUUUGUGUGCUUCGCUCCGUUCCACUUCGCCCGCGUGCCGUACACCAUGAGCCAGACCAGAGGACACCUGUUUGACUGCAACCUCAAGCUGUUCUUCUUCCAGCUGAAGGAGAGUACCCUCUGGCUGUCCUCCCUCAACGCCCUCCUGGACCCUCUCAUCUACUUCUUCCUCUGUAAGUCCUUCAGGACCACCCUGUUCAAGACCCUCCGUCUCCCACCUGGGACCUAUAGCUGGCUCACUGGGAGUGGGUCCGGCCCCAACACAGCGGAGGAUCAGACCCCAACAUAGGAGACUCCACUGGGAGACUCCUGUGCCUGAAUCUAGGUAACUAAAACUCUAUGUUCUAUCUGUAUUGAGCUGAUGAAUGUUUCACAGAGGAUCAUACUGCCCUCUCCUGGAAGGUUGACUGAACUGAACUGUGUGUUGAUUAAACUGUCUGGGCAAUGAGAACAUUCAAUGGGACCUUCCAAUGGGAAAAAUCAGUGGGACCUUCCAAUGGGAACAAUCAGUGGGACCUUCCAAUGGGAACAAUCAGUGGGACCUUCCAAUGGGAACAAUCUGUGGGACCUUCCAAUGGGGACAAUCUGUGGGACCACUGCGCCACUCGGGAGACACCCUCUAAACAUCAUCAUAACCUCAUGCCAAGGAAAGCACCUCAGGUCUCUCAGUCUCUCUCAUAACAGCUUAGUUCCCUACAGUGUAAUUCUGCUUUGACCACAUUGUUUUACCUUUAGGAACUGAAAUAAGAGACAUGUAUUUCCCCUGUAAUUAUGUGUAACAAUGGCACAGCGUUUACGCCUAAAAUGUACAGGAUAGCGUCAGCAGAACGUUCUAUACUGCAUA